CAUUCACUCUCCUCGUGUUCAUGCUGGCAGAUCACAGGUACCCGCCAUUAAUAUUUCCACCAAGGUUGACUGCUUGUCCUCUUUGCCUCUGUGUUUUGUAUUCUCUCCGCGGUGGAAAAAGAGAAGAAGAACAACGUGUGGUGCUGCUACGAGUGACAGAUUAGAGGUCCUGACAAGUGACCCAUUUAAUAAGAGCUGAGUUCCACUCUGAUGGAGAAGAUGCAGGCCCAGGAGAUGAUGAGCGGCCUCAGGAUACCGGAGAUGGAAGAUCUCGGACAGUUCUUUCGCUCCCUGCCGACCUCCACACUGGUGGGCAUCGGCGCUCUGACCGCCGUGCUGGCGUAUUGGCUGGCCACCAGGCCCCGCCCCAUCAAGCCACCCUGCAGCCUGCUGCACCAGUCUGAGGAGGUCCCGCAUGAGAGUGGGGGCCGCAGGUCCAUGAUGUGCGACAGCUCCAAGCUGCUGACUCAUUACCAUGAUGAUGCCAAGACCAUGUACGAGGUCUUCCAGAGAGGCCUCCACAUAUCUGGUGAUGGACCUUGCUUAGGCUCGCGGCUCCCUAACCAGCCUUACAAAUGGAUAUCCUACAAAGAGGUGACGGCCCGGGCCGAACAUCUGGGUUCAGGCCUCCUGCACCAGGGCUGCCAGCCCAACCCCAGCCAGUUCAUCGGAGUGUUCGCCCAGAACAGGCCAGAGUGGAUCAUCUCAGAGCUAGCUUGCUACACCUACUCUAUGGUGGUGGUCCCCCUGUAUGACACACUGGGCCCAGAUGCCAUACGGUUCAUCAUUAACACCGCGGACAUCUCCACGGUCAUCUGUGACAAAGUAGACAAAGCUCAGGUGCUUCUGGAUAACGUGGAGCGGAAGGAGACUCCGGGCCUGCGGAGAAUCAUCCUGAUGGAUGCCUUCGACUCCGACCUCGUGGAGCACGGCAAGUGCUGUGGCGUCCACGUGCAGGCCAUGCAGGAAGUCGAGGCUCAGGGCAGGGAGCACCACAGAAACCCUAUACCACCCGUACCGGAUGACCUCUCCAUUGUCUGUUUCACCAGUGGAACCACAGGAAACCCAAAGGGAGUCAUGCUCACCCAUGGGAACGUGGUGGCUGAUUUCUCAGGCUUCCUUAAAGUGACAGACAAAGUCAUUUUCCCCAACCAAGAUGAUUGCCUCAUCUCCUUCCUGCCACUGGCUCACAUGUUUGAGAGACUCAUCGAGUCUGUGGUGUACUGCCACGGAGGACGGAUCGGGUUCUAUCAGGGUGACAUCCGCCUCCUCCCAGAUGACAUGAAGGCCCUGCGGCCGACCAUUUUCCCCGUGGUGCCUCGACUGCUCAACCGCAUGUACGACAAGAUCUUCAGCCAGGCCAACAGCCCGCUGAAGCGUUGGCUGCUCAACUUCGCUGCCAAGAGAAAAGGUGCUGAAGUCAGCAGCGGGAUCAUUCGCAGCGACAGCAUCUGGGACAAAAUCUUCUUCAGUAAGAUUCAGGCCAGCCUGGGAGGAAGGCUGAGGAUGAUUAUAACAGGAGCAGCUCCUACCUCGCCCAGUGUCCUGGGAUUCCUCAGAGCAGCUCUGGGAUGCCAGGUGUACGAGGCGUACGGCCAGACAGAGUGCACAGCUGGCUGCACCUUCACCACACCUGGAGACUGGACCCAAGGUCAUGUCGGGGCCCCGCUGCCAUGCAACCUCAUCAGAUUGGUGGACGUUCCUGAGAAGAACUACUUUGCCUCAAAGGGGGAGGGAGAGGUUUGUGUGAAGGGACCAAACGUGUUUAAGGGCUACCUCAAAGACCCAGAGAGGACGGCCGAGACGCUGGACUCAGACGGCUGGCUUCACACCGGAGACAUCGGCAAAUGGUUACCUAACGGAACACUGAAGAUCAUUGACAGGAAGAAGCACAUCUUCAAGUUGGCACAAGGCGAGUACAUCUCCCCUGAGAAGAUCGAGAACAUCUACAUCAGGAGCGAACCGGUGGCUCAGCUCUAUGUUCAUGGAGAUAGCCUGCAGUCCUGUUUGGUGGGGAUCGUGGUUCCCGACCCUGAAGUCAUGCCUGAAUGGGCCAAGAAGAAAGGCAUGUUAGGCACCUACAAGGACCUCUGUAAAAACACGGAAUUGAAGAAGGCAAUCCUUGAAGAUUUGGUGCGUCUGGGCAAGGCCAGUGGCCUCCACUCUUUUGAGCAGGUGAAGAACAUCUACAUCCACAAUGAGAUGUUUUCCAUUGAAAACGGCCUCCUGACGCCGACACUAAAGGCCAAGAGACCCGAGCUAAAGGAGUUCUUCAAGGCGAAGAUCGACCAGCUCUACAGCAGCAUCACCAUGUGAAGGCUGGCAGACCUCAUUUUCCUUCAAGCAUCUUAACACUAAGACCUGUUCUGAUCAUUGACCUGCAGUGGGACAAAGAUGUGACACCUUAGGGCUUAACAUGCUUUGGGAAAGCAAGCCAAAUCUGGUCCUUCUAUGGAAGAUUUAAAAUGCCUAAAGAAAUGAUCCAAAAAAUAAAGUUAAAGAGAAUACACAUGUUA